UUCAUAUCUCCAACCCCAUCCCACACAUAUGUACGCCAUUUUUAUUUAUGUGUGGGGGCUCGAUAGGGUUGAGUGUUGAGUACGGACAAAUAACAUUUUUAGUGCGAACAAAAUUUUGCAAUAGUUCGAGAGUCGAUUAGUGAAAUGUAUCGUCUCGUGAUAUUUAAAUGAUGCCGGCCAUCGUUACAUUUACAUGCGCGAUCUUUGCGUGAGUGACUGUCCGUGCGAAUGGUAAUCGUCGUGAACGCAACUUUCGUUCUCUCCCAACGCUCCUGUUAAUAAAAUGGAUCAUCGCCAAAAGAUGGUUGUAGUUCCUCAACAAUCAAAAAUUAAAAUCGAGGAUGACGACGACGAGGAUGUAGAGGCGCUGAGAUUGGCAGCGCUUAAGUCGUUGCGAACUAAAGAUGCCACGCAUAAGAGGCCAGCGUUAUUACAGAUGCAGAAAGUUUUUCCACAAGUAACGCAACCAUCUCGUCUCCCAUAUAAAGGUCCACGGCCUAUAAAGAGAAAUUUCAAUUAUCACAACAGGUCACAACAAAGACAAAAUGGGAAUGUGUAUUAUCAGAGCCCUCGUAAUCCAAAUCUAAUAGCGAUAGUUCCUGUAGAUGAACCUUCUCCAAUUCAACAGGCCCAGUUAGCUUCUGUAGAAAAGACUGAACCAUGUGUAGAAUCACAUCCACAAGAAAUGUCGAAAUUUCAUCGUUUUAAAGACAGUGGAAGUGCUUCAGAAGAAGAAGACGCAAAGGAGCAAAAAAGUAAUAUAACUUCCGUAAAGACAGAAAUUAUAGCAAAGAAGGAACCAGAAGAAUCUUUGGUAGAGACAGAAAGUCAGAAGGAAGCUACAGAGAGUUUGCAAAAGAAUGGAGAUAACCAAGAAGAAGAUGGUAACGACGACGACGAUGAUGUACUCUUAAUGGCUGAUCUUGAGGAAGAAGACAGUUUAGAACGCUUAAUGGAUGAGAUGGAAAGGGAAAUGAAUGAUGGAAAUAAACCGUCUGAGAAAAAAGAGAAAAAAUUGAAUAGAGGCGAAACUAAAAAUGUAGUGAAGGAUGACGAAGGAAACAAAAAUUUUGAUCAAAAAAUGAAAUCGGACGAAAAUUGCAGCAAGAAAGAGAGAAACAACACAAUUACCUCGUCUCUGACUGCGAUCGUCAAGAAUGAUAGACGAUCAGUUUCUCCGCACGUAACGAACCGGGUUGGUCAAAAACGCAAGUCACUGUCUCCAAGGUCACGGUCACGGAAGAAAUCACCAAGAAGAUCUCCCAGGAAAUCCCCCAUCAGACAGCCGAAAAGAUCUCCGAGAGAAUCAACGAGAUAUAGAUCACCACGCAGAUCUCCGUCGUCGCGAUAUUCUCGUAGAUCCACAUCACCCAGACUUUCGCCGCGCAGAUCCCCAAACAGAACAUCCACGAAGAGAUCGCCGAUGAGGAAAUUAUCCCCGAGAGGCAGAUCGCCCAAGCUUUCGUCACGUUCCAGAUCGCCCCGUCCGCACAGAUCGAGAUCACCGAGACGAUCGCCUCGAUCAAAGUCUCCGAGGCUGCGUUCGCCCAAGAUAUCACGCUCCAGAUCGCCGAGAUUAUCGAGAUCGAGAUCGCCACGUUACUCGCCACCGCUCAGAUCGUCCAGAUCCAAGUCUCCCAGAUUAUCGCCAAGAAGAGUAUCGCCUCGUCGAUUGAGAUCUAGAUCUAGAUCCCCCGGUUUGUCUCCUCCUCGGAGAGGAUCGCCUCGCUUGCGGUCACCGAAAGUGUCACCGCGUAGAACACCACCUCGAUUGAGAUCACCGCGAUUCUCGCCUCGCAGAUCACCAUGGUCAUCCCCGAGACACUCACCCCGCCUUUCGCCGCGACGAAGACGAUCUCCCAAGUGGUCACCUAAAGAAUUACCCAGGAAGCACGGGCCACGUUCCAUCACUCCGGACAUUAAUCGAGAUGAGUAUGCGAGAGACCCGUCUCCGAUUUUCAAGAGUACAGCGUCGCCAGAAAUAUCCAGAGUGAGGACAAAGCAAAAGGAUGAAGCGUAUGAAAGAUCAGCAACGACGAUCGAAACAGCGAAAGAAUCCGUUGAUACGAUUAGCGAUCCCGUGCUCGAAGCAAGAAGAAAGAAGUUUGAAUCUACGCGGCCUAUCGAUCCUGUAAAUGCCAAUAAAAAGAUUAAAUUAUCCAAGAAACAUACCACGAAUAUGAAAGUAGAGUCCUCGGAAACAACGGAGAUUCCAUUAGGUGGUAGAAAGGCGAACAAAACUCUGGAGGAGUUUGAUGUUCAGCAGAUGGAUAUAUGCUUGGCGGCGAGUUAUGAAUUUGAGGAGUUUGAAGAAGUGGUAGAGAAUACAUCACCGACUAUUAUUACAAGCUCUGUAAAUACGUGCAUAGAUGUAGAGCCGCAAAAAACGGAGAAAGAAAAGUCUAUGAAGAAAAAGAAGAAGCGCGAUAAAGAAUUGUACCAAGUGGGAAAAUUGAAAAGCGAACUGCCGCUUUCUGAACGUAUCGGAAAAGAUAAGAAGUGUAAGAAACGUAAGGAGAUAGAUUCCGAAGAGGGUAUAGACGCUAUAUUCGAAGAUAUAGCGGUAGAUGAAGAAGGAGAUUUACGAACGGAACUCAGUAGAAGGCGCGCAGAAAGAUUGAACAGAACAGUACCAAUUCAAUCAGCUAGAUUGGUUCAGUCAGCUUUUAAAGGCGUUGUUAAUGAGGUUGUGAAAAAUAAUGCAAAAGCUAAUCAGAGACAUGUCCUUAAUACUGAUGAAAAAUCUAAUCAAAAGGAAGUUAGACGGGUUACUGUAUUACAUAGAUCACUAACGGAAUUACACAAUUCUGAAGACGAAAGUACUCUUGAUUCGAAAGUACCUGUGCGUUUCAGACUGGGGCUCAACAAACAAGUGCAAGAGUCCAGAGAAUCCAAGGUUACUCGAAAAGCAUCCAAAAGACAGGGUCGUAAGGUAAAGCACAAAAAUCAUUUGUCUACUCUAAAAGAUCCUGAGCAUAUUUCGUAGUGAAUAAAUUAUGCCUUUAUAUUUACUCUAGAUUUGUAAAUAGUAUGGUAACCUCUUAUCAACACGGUUUAAUCGAUAUUGAUAUUUUGUGAUACUACCAAGAGUUAAGUAUAUGUAAAAAAGAUACAUUUUGAAAUAUUCAUACUUUUAUUGAGAGAUCAUAAUGGAAUGAUGGCAGAUUCAAAAAUAGCAAAUAAUAAAAGCUUUAAAUUAUUAGGCUCUAUGCACAAUAUUUCGUUAUAAUCUUGCAAAUUAGAAUGAUACAAUCUAAUAUAAUUCGAAUAAUGAUCAAUUACUAUAAUUGUAUCAACUUAAUAAAUAACAAUUCUUUGAAUAAUUAAUGAAAAAUAUUUUAAUAAACAUUUUUUUGUUUAUUAUGGAGGAAUUUUUUUUGUUAGGAAUUUUUUUUUGUUAGAAAUUAUUUUAAAUAAAUAAUUACUCAUAAAAAUAAUUUAUUAACUAAGUUAUAUAAAAUUAUCUAUGAAACACAGUGUGAAAUAAUAUUGUGUGCCUUUUAAUAGUAGCCAGAAGAUAAUAUGAAUGCGGCGAAAUAAUUUGCGUUAUUAAUUUUGUUGAAAAAAAUGAAGAAUAUUGUUUUUGUGAAAUAGAUAUAGAUAUGAACAGAUAUAACAAUACGAGACAUGAAAAAAGGAAACGAGCAAUUGUAUAGAACAUUUUCCAGAAAUUGUUUGCAAUUUAGUAUUGCGUGAUUCUAGACUCGAAUCCAGUAGAAAAUAAGAGUGAUCUGUUUUUUGUUUAGGAAUAAAAUAAAUCCGCGUUCGUCCGAUUGCAUAUUUGAAUGCAGAGAGAAUAGCGGUUCAUCUCUUACUGCUCAUUAUGUUGUCGACACAUAGGAAGAUGCGCUCAUUACCGGUUAUAUUAUGUCGUAUGAAAAGCAUCUCUUUUCUCUUUUCAAGCAUAAAGUACAAUAAUAUUAAUAAAAUAUUGAGGAUAAUAUCCAAAUUUCGAUACUUUUACGAUUUAAAUGUACUCGAUUGUUUAUCGCUUGCUUAGGAAAAGUUGAUUACGUGUGAUUAUAUUAAAUCUGUUAUAUUGAAGAUUGUGUGUAUAUAACUUACUUUGAUCGCUCACCUAAUAAACAAGAAUCAUUAAUAAUCCCAAAGCUAUCUAUUGCAAAACCUAAGUAUAUUUUAUAUGAGAAUUAGUAAUGUGUAGGCACAUAUCUUAAUUGUACAUAGCACUUAAUUAUACCGAUCAAACUUAAUAAGAAUGUUGUAGUAUAGCUUGUAAAUUUGAUUAACGAUGGGUGUCGCGGCACCAAAUAUCCUGUACAAAAAUUCAAUUUUUGUUAAAAUUUAAUUUUAACGUCGCUAAACGAUAUAUUUUUAAGCAGGAUACAAAUUCUUUAAGAUCUGAUUGACGAUAUUUUAUAAAUUGAUAUAUUUAACGCUCAUUUUUUUUACAAUUAAGAAAUUAAACAAUUAGUAUUAAAAUAUUAACGAUGUGUAGAACAGAGAAGAAUAAUUGUUCUCUUAUCUCCAUACAUUUUAAAAAAUAUGCUGGUAAAAUUUACGGCAUUUACAAUUAAUUUACAUUUACGGCUGUAGUUUACGAUCCUUUAAAAAUGUAGAAAAAUUGUAUAUGUUAAUUUUAUGGCAGAUAUUAUUGCACAUAAUCCAUUGUUAUAUAUUUUUUAUUGCACUUUGUGAGAAAAGUGCAAUUAUAUCCUAUUUAAUGUAUUUUACAUAAUUGUAUUUAAUUUUAACUACCGGAGUAACACGUAUCUCGUUACUCUUUUAAUUAUAUAUUUCUAUAUUGACAAUUAGGAUAUAUAACAUGCAUCAGUACAGCGUAUGUAUAACCAAUAUGCGUGAACAUUUUUUAGGCUGUUGUGCAGCUAUGUACAUAAAUUUAAUCUCUAAUCUUCUGAAAUGAUGUUCGUAUAUCAAGCUAAAUACCUCAUAGUAUCUAUGAAGGUGUAAACGCUACUUUUACGUCAAUAAAAACUAAUAUUA